AUGACUGACCUAGAGACUGCAGUAAAUUCUGAUUUAGAGAAUCUUAGAAAAUGGUUAAUAGCCAAUAAACUUAGCCUCAAUGUAGCUAAGACAGAGUUUAUGUUGAUUGGCUCUAAACCUAUGAUCAAAAAUAUUUCUGAUUCUUGCCCAAAUGUUUACAUUGAAAAUGUACAAAUUAAACAAGUUCAUGAAUGCAAAACUCUAGGAGUAACAAUUGACCAGCAUUUAUCUUGGAAAAGUAAUACCGAAAAUAUUUGCAAAAAAGUUACAGCAGGAAUCUCUGCUAUUCGUCGGAUCAAACCAUUUGUUGAUCAAGAUACACUUAUUUUGAUAUAUAACACCAUUGUUCGUCCGUACUUUGACUACUGCUGUGAAGUAUGGGAUGUAUUUGGCGAAACUCAAUCAAAACGACUGCAAAAACUGCAAAAUAGAGCGGCAAGAAUUAUUCUGAAUAUAAGCAAUGACGUAGAUUAUACGAUUGCGCUACGUACUUUGGGCUGGGAGCCACUCUAAACUGAAAGGAAGAAAACUAAAGCAAGAAUGAUGUAUAAGUUAUUAAACAAAAUGGGCCCAAAAUCACUCACAAAUCUAUUUUCGUUUAAGAGUGAGAAAACUAAUUACCACCUUCGGGAUGUCUCAAGUGGUCUUUAUUUACCAAAACCACGUGCAAAUAGCAUGAAAAAUAGUUUUAUGUACGACGGAGCAAACAUUUGGAAUUCUAUACCAAAAGAAAUUAGGGAAAGCAAGUCACUUUCUUCCUUUCGAAAUAAAAUCGCUGCUCACAUUAGUGCUUGGUAACCUUUGUAAAUAUAACUUACCUGUAAAUAGCUCAAAACAUUUGUUAUAUCUUUUAAAUUUAUAUAUUACUGUAAUAGCUUAGCUUAUCCUUAUCAUAUUCUGCAUGUAAAAUAAUUUUCUGGCACACGCCCCCCGUGGAAAUCAGCUACGGUUGACGGGGUCAGCGUGGAUAAAUAAAGUUCUACUACUACUAAACCACCUUGAAGAAGAUCCUUGGACGCGCAUAUAUAAACCUAGAGGGUCUACAAACGAUCAUAGUCGAGAUCGAAGCUGUCCUCAAUGACCGCCCGAUAACUUAUGUCACAUCCGAAGCCGACGAUCCAGAACCCUUGACACCUUCCCACCUUCUCUACGGACGACGGCUCAGAAGAUUACCUCGCCUAAUCGUUGAAGAAGAGGAACUACACGAUCCCAAUUUCGACGACGAUUCCGAAGUUCGAGAAAGAGCCAGGAAACAAUCGAUAAUAAUACAAUCCUUUUGGAUGCGGUGGAGGUACGAGUAUCUCACCUCACUUCGUGAAUUCCACAAAACAACAGGCACAAACGAACAGAAAGUCAAGCAAGGUGACGUUGUGUUAGUUCACGAUGAUGGUCCCAGAGCCAACUGGAGACUUGCCGUAAUUGAGAACCUCGUUAGUGGAAACGAUGGACUGAUUCGAUCUGCUGAUAUUCGUACUAGCACUGGUAGAACCAACCGACCUAUUGCUCGUCUCUACCCUCUCGAAGUUUCAACCAAACAGGAAGCAAAACCCAUCCUAUCAUCAGAGAAACCACCACCAGCCUCGGAACCCCCACAUCGCCCGAGGAGAGAGGCUGCUGUAAAAGGACGCGAACGAAUUGCACGUUGGACACAGAAACUUUCCCUCCCCCCGGAGGAUGUCGAGAAUUAUGCAUAG